AUGGUUUCACCUUCCUCCCAGAGACUCUGGGUGGGGAUGCUGGUUUUGGUGGUGUUGGUGGUGUUGGAGCUAACUGGGGUUCAGCCGAAGUGCAUCUUUGAUGAGGUUCAGGACAAGGUGACAAUGGUCCAAGCUGCAGCCAAAGAGCCUGGACUACUUCAACCCACAGACCGUACAGGACAGAGGGCAUCACAUCUGAGGAAGAGCCUGAAGGAGAAAGCCCCGCCUACUGCUUCCUCCCCCCAGCCAAUCAGGAUCCGGACCUGGAUUGCAAAAGAGAGCAACAACCUAUCAGAGGCUGAGAAGAAGAGGACGGAAGCAGCGGUAGAGCAGGCUGUGAGGACGGUCUCCUCUUUACUGUCAGUGAACAGAGUUGUCGGUCCGUUGCUGCUCAGCAGAGAUGUUAACAAAUACUGCAAGUUUCUCUGGAGGAAUUCAAGUACUGCCAACUACAACAGGUGUGGUCGAGCCAACAGCAACUACAGAACUGAGACCUGUCUGGAUGUGACAAUCCCAAACGAUCAUCUUGCUGGAUGUGAUAUUUACAUUCAUGCUGAUUCACCUCACAGGACUGAGCUCCGUCCUGGAGGUGCAGGACUCGCUGACACGGACUUCCUGCUGUACCUUCACAUAAAGUCCACUGACAAGUGCAGAGCAAAGCCUAAUAUUUUGGCCUACGCUGCUCACUGCCAGACAGAUGCACUUGGACGACCUGUGGCCGGGGUGGUGGUCAUCUGCAGGGAAAGACUGAAAGGAGAAACGUUUAGUCACCAGGCAGCUGUACAGACUGUGAUCCAUGAGCUGUUUCAUGUGCUGGGUUUCUCUAAAGAGCUCUUCCACACCUGGCGAGACUGUUCCUCCAUGUCUCAAGCUGAGAGUGCCGACUGUUCUCCUCAAGGGAAAGUGACCUACUCUGACGGAUCCGGCCACAUGAGGAUUUACACCCCAUCUGUCAUCUCAGCCCUGCAGAAGCACCUGAACUCCACUGAUCCUGAGCUUGGGGGAUGGCUAGAGAACCUUGGUGUACUUCCUGGCAAAGUGUCCUCACACUGGGAGUCCAGGAUCUUUCAGGGCUCCAUCAUGGCAGCAGAGCUAGCGGACUCAUCUUCAGUCCGGAUCGACCCGGUAACCUUGGCUGCAUUACAGGACACGGGCUGGUACAAUGUAGACGUGAGCAGGGCACAGAGUCUGGUGUGGGGAAACGGUAAG